GCACGUAGAGACGCGUGAAUCCAAACUAUCUGUCCACGCGCAGCCGGGAUGGCACAGUUCACGCGGCGUUUCUAGUCACAGUUUGGGAUUAUUUUGGACACUUGGUGAGUUCGCGCCUCGCUGUAAACUCUAAGCGGUUUUCACUGUUUUUGCUUCACUGCGUGGGACGGACGGAGAGGGUUUAUCGCCGCCUCACCCCCUUCGGGUGGAUUUGAGAGAAAUGAGUGAGAGGAGGCGAUCUGCUGCAGCUCUGAGCUCGAGAGCCCACGCGUUUUCAGUGGAAGCCCUGAUCGGCUCCAACAAGAAGAGGAAGCUCCGGGGCUGGGAGGACAAGGAGCUGGAGCUGUCCAUGGAGAGCCUCGGCACGGAGGGGGAGGACGCGGCGCACUGUCUGGAUAUGGACCCGGACUCAGAGGCGAGUCCCGGCUCGGACGGAGAGGGUCUGGCCGAGAGGACGUCGUGCUCCUUCGACUCCCCAGCUGACCUGGCCCCGGUCCCCUGCGAACCGUCGCCCCCCGCCUCCAUGGAGGAGAUCCAGGUGGAGCUGCAGUGCGCCGACCUGUGGAAGCGCUUCCAUGACAUCGGCACGGAGAUGAUCAUCACCAAGGCGGGCAGGAGGAUGUUUCCUGCCAUGCGAGUCAAGAUCGCCGGUCUGGACCCUCACCAGCAGUAUUACAUCGCCAUGGACAUCGUGGCUGUGGACAACAAGAGAUACAGGUAUGUGUACCACAGCUCUAAGUGGAUGGUGGCAGGAAACGCAGACUCCCCGGUCCCUCCGAGGGCGUACAUCCACCCCGACUCCCUGGCCUCCGGAGACACCUGGACGAGACAGGUGGUCAGCUUCGACAAACUCAAACUCACCAACAACGAGCUGGACGACCAGGGACACAUCAUCCUGCACUCCAUGCACAAGUAUCAGCCUCGUGUUCAUGUGAUCAGGAAGGACUUCAGCAGCGAGCUGUCUCAGAACAAGCCGGUGCCGAGCGGGGAGGGAGUGAAGACCUUCAGCUUCCCCGAGACCGUGUUCACCACCGUCACUGCCUACCAGAACCAACAGAUCACCAGACUAAAGAUCGACCGCAACCCGUUUGCCAAAGGAUUCAGAGACUCCGGCCGAAACAGGACCGGCCUGGAGGCGAUCAUGGAGACCUACGCUUUCUGGAGACCUCCUGUGAGGACCCUCACGUUUGAAGACUUCACCAACAUGCAGAAACAGCAAGGUGGAAGUACAGGCACCUCUCCCACCACCUCCAGCACAGGAACCCCCUCCCCCUCUGGUGCGGCUCACCUCCUGUCUCCCUCCUGUUCCCCUCCCACCUUCCACCUGGCCCCCAACACCUUCAAUGUGGGCUGCAGGGAGAGUCAGCUCUGCAACCUGGGCCUGUCCGAGUACCCGGCCUGCGCUCGCAGCAACAUGGCCGCCCUGCAGGGCUACGGCGGCCUGGCCGACAGCUCCUACGGACGCCUCCAGGCUGCAGGGGGCGCUGUGGCCUCGGGGCAGCCUUCUGAAUCCUUCCUGCCGCAGAGGACUUCCUCCCUGAUCGCUGCUGGCAUGCAGGGCGGCCCUCACGCCUCCCUGAGCGGCGGUGGUGGUGGCGGCUCUGGAGGAAAGAUGGAUGCCUAUGGCGGUCAGUUGGGCUCCUUCCCGGCCUCGCAGCUCCAGUACGUGAUGCAGGCCGGAGGAGGCUCAGGCUCCGCCCCUUCCUCCUCAUCAGGAUCCUCCCCUUCCCCCCACAUGUUCAGCGGGGGCCACCACCACGUGCAGCAGGGCUCCUACAACGCUUUCUCCCUGCACAACCCUUACAACCUGUACGGAUACAACUUCCCCACCUCCCCUCGCCUGGCUGCCAGCCCCGAGAAGCCUCAGGGAGGUUUGCUCUGCUCCUCGUCUUCAGCCGGGGCCUUCGCCGAGCGCCAGUACCUGUCCAACGGGAGCAUGGACACUAUGCACAUGAUCGGCAACAACAGCGGCGGCCAGCAGGGCGGCAGCUCCUGCGAUGGACGUCAGUAUGGCUCCUCCUCUCAGAUGUCCAUGCACAUGGUGUAGAAACUUGGAUUGAACCUCACAGUCCUCCAUGUUUCUUAAGUCUUUCAGCUGGAAAGCUAUAAACCCGGUGUGGUGUUGAUGUUGGACCGGUGUUUUUACAUGAAGCGCUUAUGUACUGAGGUACGAAACAAGCCUUUCAGAAAAGGACAUCAUUUGUUUUUAAAGACACUCCACAACAUACAAAGCAUUAUAGAGGGAGUCAAAACUAUUAUUUAAUUAUCUUUGUAUUAUGAAGUGAAGAUAGAGACAGCAACCUGACUCUCUUACUCUUACUGACAAGAGAGAAACAACCAAACUCAGAUUGUGAUAAAGAAGGAGCCCACAUGCUCCAGUUCAGAAGGGAUUAUCAGUUGUGAAGCUGUUACAGUGCAAUAGUAGCAACGCUCUUUUCAAGGGACACUCUUGGGACUCGAAGGCCUUGCCGUCAAGACAUUUUGCAACCAAAGAAUCUUCACUGUGAUCCAGGAGUUUUCACUUCACGCAGCACUUGUGCCAAAUCGUCUGGAGGUCAGUGGUUUGCCACCAUGGUCUGAAGUUUGGCUGAAAUGAAAGGGACAACUGGACAAGAUCUCUGCAGGACUCACUGCUCCACACAGGAUGAAGUAUGUGUGGAAACACGUGGACUUCAUCAACCCCUUACCCUCAUAGACUGGAAUGGCUUCACUAUUUUUGAGUGGAUUAUGUUUUUUAGCAUAUAUAUAAGAUGGCGAAUGCAAUCAAUAACAUAAGCUUAAAAGUUGUUGUGUGAAAAAGUUAUUAAAGAAGCAAUAGCAGACGGAGAAAUUAAAGUAUGUUUUGGUGUGUUGUAGAGAUAUGUAUUUAAGUGCUGAGCAAUAUAACAAUUUUACUGGCCAAUCUGUUUUAAAAUGUGUGAAGAAAAGGGAAAUGGCAAAGUAAUUCUUUUUUUUGAGGCAUUUAAAAAAAAAAUGUAAAUACAGGUGCCAAGCACGUAAAAAGCUCAA